AUGCGGAGAAACAUAGACGAGGACGUCGAUAUGUCCUUUCUAACAACACAAAAGGAGAAGAACCAAUUCCAGAAGUACAACGACGAGUGCGAGAAAAUGUUGAACCAAAUGGAGAAGAGUAAAAUGUGGUCCGACAUCUUACAGAAUGUACAGAGUUUUGCAAAGUACAUUAAAGCGAACCAAAAGUAUCCAGUCGUCCCUGCAAAGCAAUCUUUCAUGAGGAGAAUGGCUCAAGUUUUGGAUCCACAAAUACCUUCUGGAGUUCAUAGUCAAGUCUUAGACCUUUUCGUGAUGCUCUUCGAACGUAUCGGACAGAUCAGACUCUUUGAAGACAUUUGGUGCUUUACACCAGGACUCUUCCCACUCAUCAGAAGUGGAUCGACUGAUAUAAGAGUUAAAGUACUUGACGUAGUUAAAAAGUACUUAAUAAAUACUAUUAAAGCAACUAAGAACAUCCAGAAGGCGUUUAUAAUAUCCGUUGUCGUUGGAAUGGAAGAACCAUCAAUGGGAAUCAAAGACAAGACUCUCGACUUGAUGGACGAAUUGAAGAAAGACGACGAGAAGUUCUUUUGGGAGACUUCGUGGGACGUUCUGAGGACAAAUGCUGUGUCGAGGAAGGCGAUGCUGAUUUACAUGAAUUUGAAACUCGAUUUACCUCUCACUGAAACACAAAUUCCAGACAAGGAGCUGCUCUUUUAUGCAAUAGUUAACAGUUUAAAUGAUGAGAAACAAUUGGUUGUGAGGGAUAUGUUAGACGUCUUGUGCACGCGUAUUAAAUUGGAUUCAAAAAUACUUGACGAAGAACAUUUCGAGCAUUUGAUAGAGCGGAUGUUGUUAGUUCUCACCAAACGAGAGAGUGGCUUAACGCGACGAGUUAACUUCUAUUUAUUAGGGUUGAGUGCAAAAUCACAAGAUGUUAACAAAGAGGAGACUAUGAAGUACUUUAAAGAGUUCAGUGAAACGAAGUUAGUCACGGCGCUCUCAUCUGUAUUUCUUUAUGGUCGCCAAAAUCAAACAGCAAAGAUUGUUUCCAUAUAUGAAGAAUUGUUGAGUAAACAAGACAUAGCGGAAGUCAUAAUAGGGAAGAUCAUGGAGUCUAUUUUGGUCUUAUUACAAGACGCUGAAAAUGGUAAUAAGAAGAGUGACGUUCUUCUCAUCGUCGAAUUUUUGUCUGAUGUGAAUGUCGAUUUACUCUUUGAAUACAUCACUGGGCUGUUGGAGGACAUAAACAAUAAAUUGGCUGUUGAACAAAGUCUUGUGUUCUUUAAUACGUACCAUGGAGAUGAAGAACGAAAUAAAAAAGUUAGUGUGUUCAGAGGUACUGUCGUGGAGGUGUGUUGGAAUCGUGUUGAGAAGCUUGUUGUGUCCAAAGAAAUAGAAAAUGAAACGAUGUAUACCGAAUGUUUCAAGUUAAUCAAAACGUGCUUGCAGAUGAUACAAAAUGAAGGUAACUUUAAUGAAGUUGUUUUAAAAUCGUCUAUACGUGUUGAUGAAUUAUUUGAGAAAUUUGUUGAGUUACACACUUCCGAUAUUUUGAACGAAAAAGUGAAGUCCAUUUUACUCGAGUUCUACGACCUUUUGAAGCUUCACCACGUUGAUUACUCGCAAUACAAACAACAAAAGCGACGCACUCUCAACCACAUAGAAGUAGAGUCACAUUCUGAAGAAACGAGUGAAGCACAAACCAGUGAAACUCCACGAACACAGGACGAGUCCAAGAAGGUUGAUGUUGUUAAUUCCGAUGUUGUCACCAAUAGUGAAAUAGACAAACUGAAGACUGAAAUGCUUUCUAAGAAUCAGUGGCUCUCUGACUUGAAGAAAUUUAUAAUAGAGAACGAGGACAUAGAUACUCGGUUAUCUGCUGCUCGUUGUUUUUAUGAGAUUUGGAAGAAAGAUGAACGGGAUGUGUUGUCCAUGAACGACGAGGUGUUCAUCAAACGGUUCUUUGACAUGUUAUGGAAUUUGAUAUGUGAGAGUUGUUAUGUUAGUCUGACGGAUGUCGUCUUAUUUUUCCACGCGAUGGGGAAUGUGUAUCAAGACAUUGCUUACGAGUUUAUUACGACUAAAAUGGGUUCACAGAAUGAGGAAGAGAUGUUCAAGUUUUUGUACUUUUGGAAGAACUCGACUGUUGUUGUCUACGAUACUUCAAAAUCAGUGUUCAACAAAGCCACAUUACUCUUCUUAAGGUAUUACAAUCACCAACAAUAUGAUCCAUACUUCUUGGAUUUCUUACAUUCGUGCUUUAACGUGGAAACUAUUGAAAGAGUGGUCGUACCCCUUAUCGCCCCAUUUUUGAUUCCUUUGAACCAAAGAACGGAGACUAAGUACGCUGGAUUUGAGGUGAAUAACAAUAUGUUAAUAACACAUCUUGAAAUUAUCCACACACUUUUCUCUUGUGCAAAUCACAAAUUGAUAUCAUCACUUGAGUCCGCUAAGAUCCCACAAUUCUUAUUAAAGAAGUUCCAAAGUCUUGAAAUAUCAUUUGAGAAUGUUGCAGAACCUUCAAAUCUGUUGACACUUCUUGUUUCUGUUGUUCUGUUGUAUUUGAAAGCCAAUAAGAAUGUGGUCGAUGUGAAGGACAAAGUGUCCGUCUUCAACUUCCAGAAGCGAACGACGGAUAUUUUAAUUGGGAUAUUCAUGAAUUACAGUUCAAAUGAUACAGUGAAGAAGAUGGGCGCAACACUGAAUUACACCAUCUUGUUAUCUGCGUUGGAGUUGAUCUCUUCAACUUCGAAGCUUCAACUCCACGUUUUAACACUAAUAAAGUGCUUAAUGAAAUUAUCUGAUAUUUCCGAGUCAGACACAUGUAUUACUAAGUACCCCUUGUUCCUCCAAGUAAUGAUUGGUGGGAUCGUCCAAGACAAACACAUGUAUCGACUCCACUUCUUAAAAAUGACUAACGAGUGCAUUUCAUAUCUUCCACAAUCGGUAUUGAAAGAUUCUAUCAUCUUACUAAUUCAAGCUGUUCUCGGUGUGAUGACUAAGAUCUAUCAAACUCUUUCCCCACACGUUUUGGUGUUACACGAAGAGAUCACCCCAGUGAUUGAAACACUCCAAAAACUACUGACAUUCUCAUUGAACAUUUCACCAGUCAAAUCCCCCUUCGAACAACAGCAACCAACACCACAACCUUCACCGGGACAACAAAUUGGAAAUGCGAUGAUAUUCAUCCCAAUGUUGGUCGCUUCGGUAUUUGUCGACGUGAAAGAUGUGAAGGAAAAACGACCGACGGAAAGCCAUUUCUUAGCUCCAACACUCAAACGACUGAUUUCUGCGUUCUUUGAGUUGUACUCAUACACUAAGAAAGAGGUCAAUUCCUUUUUAAUACAAACGCAAUGCGUCGAGUUUCUUAAAAUGAUUUUCAAGACGUUCCCUGUGGAGUUUGUCACCGAGUAUUUGACACUUGUGUGCAAGGACCCUGUCGAACACAUCGCGUUUUUCAAGUCGUUUUCAUUUGAAGAAAUAGGAGCAGUUGUCGGCUCACUUCUUUUAGCAUGCGAGAACAACGCGGUUCCUUCACAAGUUGCAAUGAACUUUGUUCAGAUCAUUAUCACGCAAAUACUCUCUCCUGUCGAGACGUAUCGCCUGCAAUUGUAUUUCCAAUCGGUCAUUAACAAAUUUGUGAAUAACGAUGAACUCACGCUUCCCCUCAUUCACACAUUAAAGGUGUUCUUAGAGACUAUUUCUAAGUCGGAACAACCCAAUAAAGUCUCGUACGAUUGGCUGGGAAUAGUCACGACUUUGGUAUCAAAGUACAUGUUAAAAGUGCAAAAAUGGAAGGAAGACAUCACCGUAAAAAGGAAGAGAAGUCGAAUGUCUUCAACUGAUUUUCAAAGUGUGACAGCGUCAGAGGAAGCGACAAAGAGUAUGACUGACUUAAAGGUCGUUGAGAAUCCGGAAGACUUGAUGAUCACACCAGAUAUCCUCAAUUUCGUUGUGAGUGACAUCAUCCCUAUCAUAUCACUUGCAUUCGACGACAACUCUCUUUCAACAAUGAUAGACUUGGGAAGGCAAUUUGAGAACGUUUUGAUGAAACCAAGUAACAACACAACCAUCAACACUAUAUCUCUGAAUAUAUUAAAUGAAUUGGCUAAGAAGAAUCAACUCAUUGGGAAGUGGUCGAAGCUUGUGAUGAACGUGUUUUACUCGGACGAUUUCUUUAAAAAGAGCCCCGAGUUACUCGACUUGUGGAAAUUUCCGAUAUUCAAUGUAUACACUAUGAAUAACAAUAGAGGACUCCUCGACUUGAUUUAUACUAUUGGGAAGUCGAACCAAUUAUUUGUUAGUAAAGAGACGGAAAGUACAUUACGAGAGAAAGUGUUUAAACGACUUGCUUUUAUCUUUUAUGCGGGAGAGAAUGAAACCCUUGACUCUUCGACAGAUCAAAAUCAGUUGAUCAUAGAAAUAGUGCUGGACAAAAUUAUCGACUCAAUCAAAGUAUAUCCAACACCAACGUUGUAUGUCAACGCUUUUCUCUUACUCAGAGUAUUACUCUUAAAGUGCUCAUUCACACGACUACGAAAAAGAAUACCAACAAUCAUCAACGAAUUGAUAUCAAUAUUCAAUUUGCCAUUUGAAAGGGAUGGGAUGGUCAUAUUAAGUGGACUCCAUUUGUUGGAUAUGUUACAGAUCAUCCCAACUUGCCCAGCAGAAACAUUCUCUUGGAUCUUCAUGUCACCACUAAGUCCAUCUAACUUAUUGAAACCAAAAUUCCUCCCUCUUGUCCCUUUACUCUUUUUGAAUGAUGACAAAGCAGAAACAUCAGUAACACCACCAGACCCUUCUCUUAAAGGAAUCGAGCUGAAAAGGGAGUUAAUCGUUAAAGACAAGAAGUUUGACAACGAUGAGGAGUUUACUGUGUUGCGUGGGAAACUUGCGAAAUACCCAGAGAAUUUAUUCAACAUGUUAUCUCGGUCCGACACAAUGGACUUCAAAGCUGUAUCCAAUGAUAUAUUCUUAGAGUUCACUGACGACAAUUAA